AUGUCGAAUCUUUUAAGCAAGCUCACGAAUCAAAUAUCUGGUCAACAGACAACACCGGGCUCCCAACAGUCAUCUUCUGGUAUCCUACAUAAAGUUACUGAUGCCAUGACCGGUCAGAAGCACCCUCAGGAUUAUCAGAGCCAACGACCACCUGAUGCCGGCGGCCACGGCGGGUAUCAAGGUGGACGGGAAAGCUACAGGGGCGGUCACGGUGGCUAUGAGGGAGGCCACGGCGGGUAUCAAGGUGGACGGGAAAGCUACAGGGGCGGUCACGGUGGCUAUGGGGGAGGCCACGAUGGGUAUCAAGAUGGACGGGAAAGCUACAGGGGCGGUCACGGUGGCUAUGGGGGAGGCCACGAUGGGUAUCAAGAUGGACGGGAAAGCUACAGGGGCGGUCACGGUGGCUAUGAGGGAGGCCACGACGGGUAUCAAGGUGGAUGGGAAAGCUACAGGGGCGGUCACGGCGGGUAUGAAGGAGGCAACGGCGGGUAUCAAGGUGGACGGGAAAGCUACAGGGGCGGUCACGGUGGCUAUGAGGGAGGCCACGGCGGGUAUCAAGGUGGACAGGAAAGCUACAGGGGCGGCCACGGUGGCUAUGAGGGAGGCCACGGCGGGUAUCAAGGUGGACAGGAAAGCUACAGGGGCGGCCACGGUGGCUAUGAGGGAGGCCACGGCGGGUAUCAAGGUGGACAGGAAAGCUACAGGGGCGGCCACGGUGGUCAUUAG